AUGUUUGGAGGCGUCGAUGUUUAUUGGGCAUUGUGUAUGGCUUUGAACGUAUAUCUUGCCCUCUUCCACGGCUGGACCACCAAACGCAUGCAAUCGGUGGAAUGGAGAUAUCUGACUGCAUGUUACGGACUCUCUCUCAUCCCGGCCAUUGUCUAUUUAUUCGUGAGGAACGAGGAGAGGGGGAGAGUCUACGGACCGGCUGUUCUGUGGUGCUGGAUCGAUGCCGACUGGUCUAUACUUCGGAUUUUGACCCUCUAUCUCAUCGUCUGGCUGGCCCUUCUCGGCGCCCUUGUCAUCUAUUGCUUCGCUCUAGUCAAGGCAUGGCGGAAUCGCCGCGUCUUGAAACCUCUCCUCAAUCCCUUGAACGAGGAUCCAUUCGCCGGAAUAGUGACCACGGACAUCGAGGUGGUGUUCUCCGAAGGAGAGAGUGAGACGGGAGAGGCUCGACCUGCACCUAGAACAAGAUUCAGUUCGCUCAACAUGCAAGAAGUGAAGAACAGUCCAUACACAGUGACUGUGCAAGGAAUUCGCUCCGACCGUAAAUCCUCCAGGCCAGAGCUUCUCCGCCUACCAAGCUGGACCAGAAACGCCGCCCUAGCAGAGGAAAACGCUGAAGCAUGGCUCUACGCCCGCGCCGCCUUCCUCUACUUCCUCGCCAUGGUGAUCUGCUGGAUCCCCGCCUCAGUCUACAGGCUCAACUCCCUGAUCAACCCCGACAGCAAUGUCUUCGGCCUCAGCGAGGCCGCCAUCAUCGGCCUACCCUUACAGGGCUUCUUGAACGCCCUGGUCUACUACGUCUCGUCGCAGACGGCCACGAAGCGUAUUUUCUCCCGCGCCUCUGCUCUGAAAGGAAGCUCGCGUGUCGGCUCGACGAGGGAUGCGCAGCGCAUACGCGAUUCUUAUCCUCCGUCUGGUAAUGAGGGUGGGGCGACCUUCCAGGCCCCACAUUAUGGCGAAGCACGCUCAGAGGGAUCACCAUCACAACCGAGUAGGUUCUAUAGUGGCGCCAACACGCCUAGGAAAGGCACUGCGAUGGCGAGCCUGGACUCAUUCAACAGCUCGGCGCGGACGAGCACGCACAUGGUAUGA